GGAGUUCGCUCGUUUUCCCAACCGUCCUCCCUUCGAUCCUUAGUAGCUCUCGAUUUUAUUUUCUAUUAUUUAUUGAGUUCAUUUCAAAUGAUUUCAUUGCAUUUUCUAGUGUAAUUAUUAUAAUUUCUUACUAUAGUUAAAAGUGAGUUGAAAUAAAUCUUCAAUUAAUGUCAAAAUAUAGGUCAAAGUAGUGUAUAGGUUAUGUUUUAAGCCAUAAUUUAGGAUUUUUGUAUUGUUUAAUGUUUUGUUGGUAACUGUGUGAUAUUUCGCGUUACAGAUGUCUUUUAGAGUUGUACGUAGUUCAAAAUUCCGCCACGUUUACGGGCAGGCCCUUAAAAGAGAACAGUGUUAUGAUAAUAUCAGAGUAUCAAAAAGUUCAUGGGAUUCAACCUUUUGUGCUGUGAAUCCCAAAUUUUUGGCGAUUAUCGUUGAGUCUGCUGGAGGAGGAGCCUUUAUAGUCCUACCACACAAUAAGGUUGGACGGAUACCAGCGGACCACCCGCUAGUUGGGGGGCACAAAGGACCGGUGCUGGACAUCGCUUGGUGCCCCCACAAUGACAACGUCAUCGCCAGCGGCUCAGAAGACUGCGUCGUGAAGGUGUGGCAGAUCCCUGACGGCGGUCUAUCGCGCACGCUGACGGACCCUGUAGUGGAUCUGGUGUACCACCAGCGGCGCGUGGGCCUCGUACUGUGGCAUCCCACUGCGCAGAACGUACUGCUCACCGCCGGCUCUGAUAACCAGAUUGCGAUAUGGAACGUGGGUACUGGCGAGGUGCUGCUCACUCUAGACUGCCACCCGGACCUGAUAUACUCCGCCUGCUGGAACUGGACUGGGUCCAAGCUGUUAACUACCUGCCGCGACAAGAAGAUCAGGAUAAUCGACCCCCGUAAAGGAGAGGUGGAGUCCGAAGCGAUAGCGCACGAGGGCAGCAAGGCCUCUAGGGCUAUAUUCCUCAAGCACGGUCUAGUCUUCACAACAGGGUUCAGCCGCAUGUCGGAGCGGCAAUACAGCUUGCGCACGCCCGACGCGCUCAGUGAGCCAAUAGUGACUGUGGAGAUAGACACCAGCAACGGCGUCAUGUUCCCCCUCUACGACCCUGACACCAACCUCAUCUACCUCUGCGGCAAGGGAGACUCCGUCAUCAGAUACUUCGAGGUGACACCCGAGCCACCGUUUGUCCACUACAUCAACACCUUCCAGACGCCGGAUCCUCAGAGAGGUAUCGGCAUGAUGCCGAAACGAGGAUGCGACGUGGCGACCUGCGAGAUCGCCAAGUUCUACCGACUGAACAACUCCGGCCUUUGUCAGGUGGUGUCAAUGACGGUCCCGCGCAAGUCGGAGCUGUUCCAGGAGGAUCUGUACCCGGACACGCUCAGCGACGAGGCCUCCCUCACCGCUGACGAAUGGCUCGCGGGCGAGGAUGCCGAGCCCUGCACCAUGUCACUUAAGGUAUCAUACACUACACACACUAUACUGUAGCCCUGCAUAUCACGCAAGUUGUCAUACGCUAUACACUACACUAUAGCCACAUGCAUCAUAUCACUCAAGAUAUCAUACACUGUACAUUACACUACACUACACUACACUACACACUAUAACCCUGCUCCAUAUGACGUAACGAGUUAUACACUAUACACUACAUUAUAGCCCUGCGGUAUACACUAUAGUGUAUAUAUACACAUAACUAUAUAUACACUAUAGUGUUACACAAGGUGUCAUACUAUAUACAUUAUCAAUUUUACUUUGAAAUAUAGGUAUCACACUUGAAAUAUAUGGCAUGCAUCAACCACAUCAAAAUAGCAAACGUACACACAGAACGUUACGAUAUGCUAAAACUUUUAAAACCAAGACCUAACUUUUAAAACCUAAUUGACAUCGAAUAUAUUUCACGUUUCAAUAGUAAUGAAACUGAUGAUAGACAGCCUCCGUAGCCGAGUGGUUCGCACGUUGGUUUCAUUUCCCGGUCUGGUCAAUUAAAGAAAUUAACUUUACUAUAUUCUCUCGGGUCUGGGUGCUGUGGUACCUUCGUUGUCCCGAACACUCCAUAGUAUGAGGGCUUUAGCUACUCAUCUUGGAAUCUGAGCAUGUAUGUGAUGUUGUCUUAUAAGUAUUUACCCGGAAAAGAAUGUCUUAAUAAUCUUGAAAUAUUUUGUACAUUUGAUUUUUGUGCGCAUCUUAUUUUUCAAUAGUUUCAAUAGCAUGGUUUUUUGUUUUAACUAAAAACAUUUCAAAUAUAGCACCAGGUAAGUUAUAACAAUGAAAAUUUAUUUUAUGUUGUAAAUAUGUGUUUAGGUUUACUUUUGUAAAUAGCGAUGUUGUAUAACAGUUUUUAUAUCUUAAAACACAAAGUUAAAAUUUGUAUAUAAUUUUUGUUUAAUUAAUAUAAUAUCUUUAUAGAGAUUCUUAACUCAGGACGCAAACCGAUCACCUUAUAGUUAAUUUAUAAGAUAUUAAUUUAGCCAGUACAAGCAGAUAACAAUAAUGCCAAAAUACCGCGACUAUGUACUUAUUUGACAACUAAUUAAGGCAGAAAAUUGUUUGCUAUUGACUGUACUGACCAUUUGAAUAACGCUAAUAAUUAUGU